CCGGAGGACGAACAAUUUUACUAGUGCCUUGUUGUAUUUGUCGUCAGGGUGUGAUAAAAGUUUAGAGAUCGUAUCGGAUCGUAUCGUGGUUUUAAUUAAUUAAAACAAUAAAAGAUGAAGUUUGCCAUUCCUGAGAUAUCAUGGCAUAACAGGGACCCCGUUUUAAGUGUUGACUUUCAGCCGAAGGCGGCUGCUGGUGAUCCUUUACGACUUGCUACAGGAGGAACUGAUUCUCAUGUUUUGAUCUGGUACGUAUCAACUACAGAAACAGGAUCUGUGAAUCUAGAAGUGGCAGCUGACCUGACCCGACACCAAAAGGCUGUAAACGUAGUGAGGUGGUCGCCCAGUGGAGAAUUACUGGCAUCUGGUGAUGAUGAAUCAAUUAUUUUCAUUUGGAAACAGAAAAAUGAGGAACCAGCACCUAAUAUUGAGAAUGGAGAAGAGGUUUAUAAAGAGAGUUGGGUUAUUCAUAAGAUCGUCAAAUUCACCUUCAAUGAACAUUUCAGGGUGUUCCGUACAUUUGACAUAUCAACCAAGAAAGUGAUAUCCCGAAGCAGCAAGGCGACACUCCCCUUCCCUCCUGAGCACCGUCUACAUUCGGUGCGCGUGCGCCUCUUUCACGACGACACACUACAGACAUACUUCCGCCGGUUGCAAUUCAGCCCGGAUGGCAUGCUAAUCGCUGUGCCAGCAGGGAGGAUAGAACCGGAGCAAUCACAUCCGGACAUGAAGCCUAUCAAUGCUGUAUAUAUUUAUACAAGAUAUUCUUUGAAAGUGCCAGCCUGCGUCCUGCCCUGCGGCGAGGCAGCCUUGGUGACGCGGUGGUCCCCUCGCUCGUACGCGCUUCGACCGAACGGGCCCCCUCCGGCCUUCCCCAUCCAACGCCGCAUGCUCUUGGCCGUGGCAACUAAGCGUUCUGUCUUGUUGUAUGACACACAGCAGAAAACGCCCAUUGCCAUGAUUAGCAAUAUCCAUUACACUAGACUGACCGACUUGUCGUGGUCUCCGGAGGGCCGGACCCUUGUGGCGUCGAGCACCGACGGCUUUUGCUCCGUCAUCACGUUCAGCGACCACGAACUGGGCGAAGUGCUGCCCGAGCCUGAACUGGACGGUACUGCUAGCCAUCCAGAACCAAUGGAAAUUCAAAAACAAGAUACUCCAGAACCGAAAGAAAAACCAGAAGCGUCCGAACCAAAAUCGACCACUCCAAAAAUCAACUCUUACAUGAAAUUCAAAACGCCCUCUGAAAAAUCACCCAAGAAGCGGACGAAGACAGAAAACGAUCAACAAAAGACUCCGGUGAAACUGGACGUGCUGAUGGAGACCGCCAUGCAAUCGUGGUCGGACAAUUCGCAGAACGACGUCAUCAAACCCGUGGCGGACAAACUGGUCGAAGUGAUGGAAAUCGACGACAGCGGCGAUAUAAAACUCGUCUACGAGGACACCGAAUGCUCGAGUCAGUUGCCUACGGAGGGAAAGUCACCGGAGACCGCAGCCGCGCCAAAAGUGGAGAACGCCAAGCGGGAGAAGUCGCCCGAGCGCAGGGCGCCGCCCGCGCCGCGCAGGGUCAGCUUCGUCACGCUCUCCAGCCCCAAGAACAAGAGGCGCUGACGCGAGGCUUUCUCCCGCAGUCUGCCCGCCGC